AAAUUGUCCAUAGCGGUGGACAAACACGAGAUAUAAUUAAUCCCUAAACGGAUUACUUUUAUUGUCAUACCAUAAAUAGUUGUUUCUUCAGGAAGAUGAUAACCUUCAAACGAGAUUACAAAUUAACUGGCCAAUAAAAGUUGAUGGACACGUGAUCAGCAUAACGCUAACGCAUCUGCCAAUGAGGCAAAGGUGCGUCUUUAUCUGAUUUGACGCUAUCAACGGGAGCCGCGGUUCCUAUAAAAGGAACCGCAGGUUAGAAACUUUGCGAGCAAACAACUCUUCUGGAAAUGACGGCAAUCGGGGAUGUGGGAGUCACUCUUGCGGCUCUGCUCUCAGUGGCAGCAGCUGCAACGCUACAAAAACCAGAGUACAACUACGACAAAUACCACCCCAUGUCAGAGAUCUCUGAAUGGAUGACUCAGGUUGCAAAGGCCCAUCCUGAUAUUGUGACCGUCAUGGAUUACGGAAAAACUUAUGAGCUGCGGACAAUCAGUUUGCUCAAGAUCGGUGCAGACACCGGAGCGAAAAAGAAAGCCAUCUGGAUGGACUGCGGUAUUCAUGCCAGGGAGUGGAUCGCUCCGGCCUUCUGUCAAUACUUUGUCAGCCGGAUCUUGCGGACCUACAAGACGGACCCGAAAAUGGGAGAGAUGAUUCGAAACAUGGACUUUUACGUCACCCCGGUGCUCAACAUGGACGGCUACAUCUAUUCGUGGAAGGACAACUCGACCCGUCUCUGGAGAAAGAACAGAUCACCAGAACCCGUCGGCUGCAACUGCUCGGGGACGGAUCUGAACCGCAACUUCGACGCCAAUUGGGGCACCAUCGGCGUGUCAUUUGACUGCUGCCACGCGACUUACUGCGGCAGAGGCGCCGAGUCCGAGCCCGAGACGCAGGCCGUGAGCUACUUUGUGGGAAGCCGGAAAGAGGACUUCCUGUGUUUCCUCACCAUCCACUCCUACGGCCAGCUGCUUCUGGUUCCCUACGGACACCCUAAUUUCACCGCCGCCAACUACAAGGAACUCAUGGAAGUUGGUAUGGGUGCGGCGGAGGCCAUUAAGAAGGUCCACGGGAAGAUCUACAGAGUGGGAACCUCGCCGGAUAUAUUAUAUCCCAAUUCCGGUUCCUCCCGAGAUUGGGCUCGGUUCCUAGGAAUCCCUUACUCCUACACCUUUGAGCUGAGAGAUGACGGCCGUUACGGCUUCGAGCUCCCCGAGGAUCAGAUCCGGCCCACCUGUGAGGAAGCCUACGACGGCGCCUUACACAUCAUCACCUACGCCCACGACAAGGUCUUUAACGGCGCCGUGGCAUCCACCGUCCCAACGAUUUGGACUGUGCUGGUGGCGGUAGGAGUCGCAACUACCAUGUGACCUUCAUAGAUGGAUAUCGCACUUUGAAUGCCGUAUUUAUAUUUCACUGCCCCAGAACAUGAUAGCGAACCGCGCUGGAAGAAAAACAACUUCUAGUGGCUCACCGAGAGCACUCACGUGAAUGUUUACAUUUUACCGGUCACCAAGCACAAGUUUUGACCCAGACCGACAUUUGCAUAUGAAUGUUGGAACGCAAAAGAAGAAAGAAAGAUUUUAUUAUAUUUUAUUUUAUGGC